AUGACCAUGAACGUGAUUGGUGCAUCCAUCUGCGAUGAAGAACUACUCGUCCAAGGGGAGGCCAGAGACAUUCAACUGCCCAACACUGAGCAUGUCUCCCAGAUCUCUGUCGAUGUUGGAGGAUCGCUCGCCAAGGUCGUUUACUUCUCGCGUAAGAGUGGAACCAAGGGCGGACGACUGAACUUUCGAAAGUUCGAGACUGAAAAGAUUGAUGAAUGCAUCGCCUUUAUCGUCAAGCUGCUGGAGGAAUCAAGAGCUACCAGGCCAGGACACGAGUUUGUUAUCAAGGCCACAGGAGGAGGUGCACAUCUCUACUAUGAAAGAUUCAGGGAAGAGCUCAAAGUGACAAUUGAAAAAGAGGAUGAGAUGGAGUGUUUGAUCACUGGUCUCAACUUUUUGAUCACGGAAAUUCCGUUCGAAGUCUUCACAUACAGCGAAGCCAACCCAAUGUGCUUUGAAGAGACCCCUGCCGAUCCAUUCCCUUACAUGCUGGUCAAUAUUGGGUCUGGAGUCAGUAUUUUAAAAGUGACAAGCGCCAACACCUUUGAGAGAAUCAGCGGAACGUCCCUAGGAGGAGGAACUCUCUGGGGUCUACUUUCGCUAUUGACUGGAGCGAAGACGUUUGACGAAAUGCUAGAAGCGAGCCAGGAAGGAGAUAACAGGAACGUCGACAUGCUGGUAGGGGACAUUUACGGUGCUGAUUAUUCAAAGAUCGGCCUCAAGUCUACAACGAUCGCCUCCUCGAUGGGCAAAGUCUUCAAGAAGAAUGUGGAUAAGCGCCAGUUCAAACCGGAGGACAUCUCAAGAUCAUUGUUGUACAUGGUCAGCAACAACAUUGGACAGAUCGCGUACCUGAAUGCUCAGGCGCAUGGGCUCAGCAGAAUUUACUUUGGUGGAUGCUUCAUCCGAGGCCAUCCUAUUACGAUGAAUACGCUUUCGUAUGCCAUCAACUUUUGGUCCAAGGGCGCAAUGAAAGCGCUAUUCCUUCGUCACGAGGGUUACCUCGGUGCAGUGGGUGCAUUCAUGAAGCACAGGUCCUCACGGCGCAACUCGAGAUCUUUCACUUUGACAGAGCAGCUGGCCCAGAAAUUGGCCACACCAGAGGCAGACCUCGGGGUUACUUUGGCGCAAGAUACCUUGGAUGUUGUCGCAGCAGAAGAAUCGGACUAGAAGUCGUAGAUUUGAACAAAUAAACAUCCCCGUAUACAUAGACAUUUUCAUUGACCGAAUAUCUUAACUUUCACGUGAUAUGCGAAG